CCAAAACCCUAACACUUCCCUCAUUCACGCUCGAAGAAAAGAACACCAAUCUCUCCACUAGGGUUUGAACCCAACACCUUUUGUUUCUUCAACCAUGGUGGCCGACAAGUCUAAGAAGUUGAAAGUUUCUGAAAAGGGUGAGAACGCUGAAGAGAUCGACGGAGAACUUGUUCUCUCCAUUGAAAAGUUGCAGGAAAUUCAAGAUGAGAUUGAAAAGAUCAAUGAGGAGGCUAGCGAUAAAGUUCUUGAAAUAGAGCAGAAGUACAAUGAAGUAAGGAAACCUGUGUAUGACAAGCGCAAUGAUGUGAUCAAGUCCAUUCCCGAUUUCUGGCUAACUGCGUUUUUGAGCCAUCCUGUUCUUGGUGAUCUCUUAAACGAAGAGGAUCAGAAGAUAUUUAAGCAUUUAAUCUCUCUUGAGGUGGAAGAUCAUAAAGAUGUUAAAUCAGGCUAUUCGAUCACAUUUAACUUCAACUCCAAUCCCUAUUUUGAGGAUUCAAAACUUGUCAAGACUUUUACCUUCCUUGAAGAAGGAACCACAAAGCUUACCGCCACACCCAUAAAAUGGAAAGAGGGCAAGGGCAUUCCCAAUGGAGUUAGUCAUGAGAAGAAAGGGAACAAGCGAGCUGCUUCUGAUAUCAGUUUCUUUACCUGGUUUUGUGACACUGAACAGAAAGAUGAAAUGGGUGACAUUCAUGAUGAGAUUGCUGAAAUGAUCAAGGAUGAUUUAUGGCCGAAUCCACUUAAUUAUUUCAACAGUGAGGACCCUGAUGAAGCAGAGGAGGAUGAUGAUGAAGCUGGUGAUGCGGGAAAGGAUGAUGAUGACUCUGAAGAUGAUGAUGAUCAAGAGGAUGAUGACGAUGACGAGGAAGAAGAAUAGUGUAAAAUGCUUUAAAAUAGCAAUACUUGGUUUUAAUUUAUUUAUUUUAAGGUUAUUAUAGGAGUAUCUUAGUGGUCUUUAGGGGACGAUGAAAGACCAAGGUUGGCUAUUGGUUUUCCCCCUUUGGGCGUAAACCUUAUUUAUUGUCCUUUGGAAGGUGAUUUCUGGUUUUAUCUUUAGUGCACUUCUUCAAAGAUACCAAUGAUACAUCGGAUUUUAUCUUGGUCCUAUAUUGAACCAUAUAGUAGUUAAAAAUGCAGUAUAUUUAGUGUAUAGCUGCGUAAUCAAUAUCA